UCCAUGGUUUCUGCCCUGAUCAAGACCAUAUCAUCCUACAUUGAAAAGAUUUGCAAAGGAAUGUUUACAAAGAAACUGGUGAACCCCAUAAAGAAGAAAGAGAGAAGUGAAAAUAAAGAGCCCAAAUUGACCUCUGAUUUGCAAUUGCACAAUCCAACUUUAUCCACCACACUGAAGACCACAGUUAAAAAGAUUUCCAAAUGCUCUUCGGCACGUAACAUAUCACACGACGAAGACGAAGGAAAGAACGACUGCUCAUCCCUCUCACCCACUUUCAGUUAUCGUGUAGCCAUAGCAAAUGGACUUCCAAAAAAUGCCCUUUUUUUGAAUAAUAAUGAAAGUAUCUUUCCAGAGGUCCUCUCAAUUGAUAGCAGCUACUCUGACUCCCUGAGCGAGACCAAACCCAUCCGCAGACUGGAUGAACAUAAAUCUCACACUAUGCCUGUAAGAAGGAACAGGAAGAGCCUUAUCAGUCUGGCUCCUUCCGAUGGUAGUUCAGAGGGCGAGCGGGUGGAACGCUCCAGUCUGCACACACUCCGGCUGGGUGCCCUGCGUAAGCUAAGAAAAUGGAAGAAGAGUCAGGAAUGCGUUUCAUCAGACUCUGAAGUGAGCAACUGGAGGAAGACCCUGGGCAUUCGGAGCAAAUCCCUGGACCGCGCUGGCCGGCAGCAGAAGAGCUCCACCCUGGAGCCUGGCUCCUCGUCCACAGGGUGCAUCAGUCAGACCCAGGAUGUCAUGGAGAUGAUCUUUAAGGAACUGCAGGGGAUCAGCCAGAUAGAGACAGAGCUGUCUGAGCUGCGCGGCCAUGUAAAUGCCCUAAAGAGCUCUAUUGAUGAAAUCUCCAGCAGUGUCGAAGUAGUUCAGAGUGAGAUUGAACAGCUUCGCUCAGGGUUUGUCCAGUCCAGAAGGGAAACACGUGAUAUACAUGACUACAUAAAACAGAUUAGCCACCAGGCCAAUAACUCAACCCUAAGGUUUGUCAAUGUUCCUGAAGAGAGGUCAGAGAAAACUGAGAGUCUAAUAUAUAAAAUUCUGAAAGAUAAGAUGGGAUUCAUUGAUGCACAUAAGACAAUAAAAAUUGAACUAGCUCAUAGGCUAGGGCAACAAAGAGAAUGUUCCAAUGCAAAACCUCGUCCUAUAAUUGUUAUUUUUGCAACACCUCAAGAAAGGGAUUUAGUCUUAAAAAAAUGCUAUAAACUUAAAGGAACAGGUAUAACUGUGUCCACUGAUAGCUUGACUCAUGAUGGGAAGGACAGAAAAGACAAAGCAAUGUCUUCUUCACAAACCUAUGAAAGCAUGGACAUAAAAGUUUCAGGAAAGGAUAAAGUAGUAGAGAGUGACGACUGGGACUCUAUGGACAGUGACAAAGAGCUAGAUGAAUUGAGUAGAAAUAAAUAUGCAAUGGUGAUUUCAAAGCCUGUUCACAAGAGCAAAUCAGAGAAAAGACGGUCCCAUGACCAUGCCCGAUCAGGAGAUGAAGCAGGGUACUCAGGCUCAGUUCACUAUGCUGAUGACACUUACGAUGAUCCAGACAAACACACUAAGGCAUACUACUCGGAUUUGACCCCUGGAUGGCUUUCCCAGAGUGACUACUCAACCCCUAAACUCAGCCGCUCUGAGUCUGACUGCUCAAAACUCUGUCAGUCAUAUUCUGAAGACUUCUCCGAGAGUCAGUACUUUACAAGGGCUAAUGGCUGCUCCCUGCUGUCUUCCUCAGAUCAGGAACUGUGGCAGAGGAAACAAGAGGACAUGGCCUCUUCCUGGUAUGCUAGUCCUAGCCACCCACUCAGCCAAGAAAACCAACCCUUUGUGGAACACAAUGAAGUUGAAACCACGGAAACCAUUGACAGUGGUGUGAGCAAUGGACUGGUCUGCAUGUCUGGGGACAGAAGCCACUACAGUGGCUCCCAACUUUCUCUGCAGGGUGACCUCUCACCCUGGAAAGACUGGCAUCAUCUGGAGCAAGGCGCUGACUCUGGCCUGGAGGCCUCCAUUGAGGUCAGUAGCCCCUUUGAUCCAUCAACCAUCCCUGGCUUCCCAGAGAACAUCACAAAAUGCCAGGAGGUUGAUUUACAAUUUGAAGGUGAUGAAGAUUUCAUGAUGCUUGACAGAGACUCUGCCUUGCCACCUAUCACUACCCACAUAAUUGCCCCUAUCACAGAAAGAGAGUCUGCUGUUAAGACAUCUGUUCGACAAUCUAAAGAGGGUGUCAGGGGGAGCACUAAAGAAAACAUUAAAGUGACCUCUAAAGAUGCUCCAAAGGUUGUCUCUAAACAUAAAACAGCAACUAAAGUGGCUCCUAAAGAGGAAAACUCGGAUGUAAUCCAAAGGGAAAGCCCUAAAGUAUCUACUAAAGACUCAAAUAAGGUGGUCUCUAAAGUAACUCCUAAAGAUACACCUAAGGACCUACCGAAAGCUGCAGCUAAACAAUCUCCUCAAGUUACCCCUAAAGAAAGUCCAAAAGUUACAUCUAAAGUCAAUAUUAAGGGGACUGCUAAAAUCACUUCUAAAGAGGCCACUAAAGCUACUGCUAAGAUUGUCCCAAAAGAAAGUCCAGUAGUAACUCCUAAAGAAAGCCCUAAAGAAUCCCCAAAAGAGAGCCCCAAAAUAACACCAAUAGAGAGCCCUGUAGUAACCCCCAAAGAGUCUCCUAAAGAAUCCCCUAAAGUUCUGGCUAAAGAUCCCCCACAAGUUGCUCCUAAAGAGGUCCCAAAAGUUGUUGCUAAAGAGGUUACCAAAGACACUGCAAAAGUGGCCUCUCAAGAGGUUCUGAAGGAGGUUUCAAAAGUAGCCUCUAAGGAGGCCUCUAGAGCAGAUCCUAAGGAGACCUCUAAAGUCACUCCUAAGGUUGCUCCUAAAGAGACUCCAAAAGUGACUCCUAAGGAGACUCCCAAAGCGGUUCCCAAGGAGACACCAAAAGUGGCUCCUAAGGAGACUAUGAAGGUGGCUCCUAUGGAGAAUCCUAAAGUGGCUGCUAAAGAGGCACCCAAAGCAGCCCCAAAAGAAGUUCCCAUAGGUACCCCUAAAGAAGCCCUUAAAGCAGCUUCCAAGGACAAAUUUCCUGAAUUGGAUGUCAACCAUAGCUUUCACCAGAGCCAGAAUAAGUCGGCCACCAUGUACCGCAGUCAGAGUGAGAUUCGGACAGAGAAGGUCGAGGAGGUGCCUAAGUCCUGGAGCAGCAGGCUCAGCAUAGAUCUCAGUGAGAAGUCCUUUGGUUUUGGCUUUGGCUCUACAUUGCAAAGGGCCAAGUCAGCCCUGGAGGUUGUGUGGAAGUCUGGCUCUCAGAGUACCCCUGCUCCUCCUGAGGAGCCUGCCAACUCCUCCUCCUCCUUCAUGGGCCGCUUUCGCACCUUGUCCACCUCCACUGCCAAUGACUCCAGCACCACUAUUGACUCAGACGUCUAUAAUGAGCCCUUUUACUACAAGAACGAGGAAGAAAAAACAGUUGCCGUAGCUGAAGCUGGUGAACAGCCAGUGGAUAAUGAGACCCACUAUGUUGAGGUGAUGGAGCAGGUACUAGCUAACUUGGAAAACAGAACUAAUGCGAAUGAGAGAGACGAGCCUGCACAGGAAUAUGAGACUUCUCAGGGCUAUGAUCUGUAUGAUGACAUUGAGGUAUCACAGGGCAAUGAUGCCUCCCAUGAUUUUGAAGCUGCACAAGAUUUUGAGGCUUCAGUGGAUUAUGAGGCCACAAAAGAGGCUUGUGUUUUGGAGUAUGACUGCGGUUUGGAUGAGCAGUAUGAUGAAGAGUACAGUGAGGACUAUGAAACCCAACUGACAGAAGACACUGCUGAAUACGAUGCCAUGGUGGAGUAUGUUGAUGUAGAAGAGCCGGAUGAGACAGAGGACAAUGAUGUGACCGAAGAAAUGGAUGAAGGUGAUGAAGAGUUAGAGGAAGUAGAGGAGAUAGCUGAGGAAGCCACUGAAAUGUGUGAAGAAGUUGGACAACAACAGGAGGACGAAAACAAAAAUGUUCCAGAGGAGAAACCUGUAGAGACUCCACCCAAGAAGCGUAUUCGACCAACAUUCAAAGAGGCAGCACUGAGGGCUUACAGGAAACAGAUGGCUGAACUGGAGCAGCAGAUCUUGGCAGGGGAUAGCAGUGCUUUGGAUACUCAGACUCGCAAUGUCCUGGAUCCCAAAGUACUCGGUCUGCAGCCUGGGGGGGCUGGCAGCAUUCUUUAUGGUAUUGACAGCAUGCCAGAUUUACGCCGCAAGAGGACAGUGCCUCUUGUCCGAGACCUGGCUCUGACCCUCACUGCUCGAAAGGCAGGCAUCUCGUUUGCUCUGGUGAACCGGUCCACCCUGAAUAAUGAAGACUUGAAACUGCAUGUCUUCAAGAAGACUCUUCAGGCCCUGAUCUAUCCAAUCUCAUCCACGACCCCCCACAACUUUGAGGUCUGGACGGCCACAGCGCCGACCUACUGCCAUGAGUGUGAGGGGCUGUUGUGGGGCAUCGCCCGCCAGGGCAUGCGCUGCUCUGAAUGUGGCGUCAAAUGCCAUGAGAAGUGCCAGGACCUGCUCAACGCAGACUGUCUACAAAGGGCAGUUGAGAAGAGCUCUAAACACGGUGCUGAGGACAAGACCCAGAACAUUAUCAUGGCCAUGAAGGAGCGCAUGAAAAUCAGAGAAAAGAACAGCCCAGAGGUGUUUGAGGUGAUCCAGGAGAUGUUCCAGAUCUCCAAAGAGGACUUCUCCAGCCAUCUGAAGACAGCCAAGCAAGCCGUGCUGGAGGGGACCUCCAAGUGGUCAGCCAAAAUUACCAUCACAGUCAUGUGUGCCCAGGGGUUGCAGGCCAAAGACAAAACCGGCUCCAGUGACCCCUAUGUCACCGUCCAGGUGGGCAAGACCAAGCGCAGGACCAAAACCAUCUUUGGAAACCUCAACCCCGUCUGGGAUGAAAAGUUCUACUUCGAGUGUCACAACGCUACAGACCGCAUCAAGGUGCGUGUAUGGGAUGAGGACGAUGACAUCAAAUCACGGGUCAAGCAACAUUUCAAGCGCGAAUCAGAUGAUUUUCUUGGCCAGACCAUCAUUGAGGUCCGCACACUGAGCGGGGAGAUGGACGUUUGGUACAACCUGGAUAAGAGGACUGACAAGUCUGCCGUGUCUGGCGCCAUCAGGCUAAAGAUCAGCGUUGAGAUGAAGGGGGAGGAGAAGGUCGCUCCACCCCACAGCCAGUACACUUGUCUGCAUGAGAACCUGUUCCACUACCUGACAGAGGUGAAAAACAGCGGGGCAGUGAAGAUCCCGGCGGUGAAAGGUGACGAGGCAUGGAAGGUCUACUUUGACGACGUGUCCCAAGAGAUAGUGGACGAGUUCGCCAUGAGAUAUGGAGUGGAGUCCAUCUAUCAGGCUAUGACGCAUUUCUCCUGUCUGUCCUCGAAGUACAUGUGUCCCGGCGUACCGGCAGUGAUGAGUAACCUGCUGGCUAAUAUCAAUGCCUACUUUGCCCACACUACUACAACCACCACAACCACCGCCUCUGCCUCAGACCGCUUCGCUGCCUCCAACUUUGGGCGGGAGAAGUUUGUCAAGCUACUGGACCAGCUGCACAACUCACUGAGGAUUGACCUCUCUAAGUACCGGGAUAAUUUUCCUGCAGGAAACCCGGAGCGUCUCCAGGACCUGAAGUCAACUGUGGACCUGUUAACCAGCAUCACCUUCUUUAGGAUGAAGGUACAAGAGCUCCAGAGUCCACCCAGGGCGAGCAUGGUGGUGAAGGACUGUGUAAGAGCUUGUCUGGACUCCACAUACAAAUACAUCUUUGACAACUGUCAUGAACUCUACAACCAGCUCCUGGACCAGGCUCGGAAACAGGACAUUCCCCGUGAGGAGCAAGGUCCAUCGAUUAAGAACCUGGAAUUCUGGCCAAAGGUCAUCACUCUCAUGGUCUCUGUGAUUGAUGAGGACCGGACAGCUUACACCCCUGUCAUCAACCAGUUUCCACAGGAGCUGAAUAUGGGCAAGAUCAGUGCAGAGAUCAUGUGGAGCCUCUUCGCCCUGGAUAUGAAGUAUGCCAUGGAAGAACAUGACAAGCACCGUCUAUGCAAGAGUACCGAGUACAUGAAUCUCCACUUUAAAGUCAAGUGGUUCCAUAACGAGUACGUCCGAGAUCUGCCGGCCUUCAAGACCAUUCCACCGGAGUAUUCCUUGUGGUUCGAGCCAUUUGUCAUCCAGUGGCUUGAUGAGAAUGAGGACGUCUCCAUGGACUUUCUCAAUGGGGCUCUAGAAAGGGACAAAAAGGAUGGAUUCCAGCAAACUUCCGAGCACGCACUGUUUUCCUGUUCGGUGGUGGAUGUGUUCACUCAGCUCAACCAAAGCUUUGAGAUCAUCAAAAAGCUGGAGUGUCCAAACCCGCAGGCCCUUGCCCACUUCAUGUGCCGCUUUGCAAAGACUAUCAACAAAGUUCUUCUCCAAUAUGCUGCAAUCAUAUCCAAGGAUUUUCCCCAGCAUUUGAGCAAGGAGAACGUGCCCUGCAUCAUCCUCAAUAACAUACAGCAGCUCCGUGUACAGCUGGAGAAGAUGUUUGAGUCCAUGGGAGGUAAACAGCUGGAUGCAGAGGCCAGUGAUCUACUUAAAGAGCUGCAGAACAAACUCAACACAGUUCUCGAUGAGCUCAGCGGCGUGUUCGGCUCAAGUUUCAAACCUGUGAUUGAGGACUGUGUGAAGCAGAUGAACCAGGAGCUGGUUCAGAUGAAAGGCUCGGCCAAAGGGAGCAAUGCUGCCAUGGAUGCAGAGACUGUCCUCCGGCCGCUCAUGGACCUCUUGGAUAAAAACUUGAUGUUAUUUGCCAAGAUUUGUGAGAAGACCGUUCUGAAACGGGUCCUCAAAGAGCUGUGGAAAAUUGUGCUGAACACCAUCGAGAGAACAAUUGUUCUGCCCCCACUCAGUGACCAGAGUGUGACUCAGAUGAUCUUCAGCGCCGCCAAGGACUUAGGACAGCUGUCUAAACUAAAGGAGCAUGUAAUUCGAGAGGAAGCCAGAAGUCUGACUCCACGACAAUGUGCAGCCAUGGACCUCGUGCUUCCCACCAUCAAGCAAUAUUUCCAUGCUGGAGGAAAUGGGCUUAAGAAAACUUUCCUUGAGAAGAGCCCUGAUCUGAAGUCCCUAAAAUAUGCUCUCAGCCUUUACACUCAACCUACAGAUGCCUUGAUCAAGAAAUAUAUAUGCACCCAAACCUCUCAAGGUCAGUCAUCCAGUGGAACGGUAGGGGAGGUGUCGAUGCAAGUAGAUCUCAUCUCUCACCCUGGCACUGGAGAGCACAAAGUCAGCGUGAAGGUGGUGGCGGUGAACAACUUAAAAUGGCAGACCAACACCAUGUUCCGGCCCUUCGUAGAGGUCAACGCCAUUGGUCCGCACCUGACUGACAAGAAGCGCAAGUUCAGCACUAAGACCAAGAACAACAAUUGGUCACCAAAGUACAAUGAAACAUUCCACUACAUCCUGAGUAACGAACAUGGCCCGGAGGCUUACGAGUUGCACGUCUCAGUGAAGGACUACUGCUUCGCCCGCGAGGACCGUAUCAUCGGCAUGACGGUCAUCCAGCUCCGAGAGCUUGCGGACAAGGGCAGCUGCUCCGCUUGCUACCCUCUGGUGAGGAGUAUCGCAAUGGACGAAACAGGCCUUACCAUCAUGAGGAUACUCUCUCAAAGGACCAAUGACGAGGUGGCCAAAGAGUUUGUGCGUCUCAAGACAGACACACGCUCAUCGGAGGAUGUGUCAUAA